CGUCUAAUGGCAUGGGAAGCGGUUCAAAUAAUCUCUCUUUCUCCGAACCCACACGCAGCCUCCCAAUUGGACAUGGGCGCGCGUCGCGAGGCAGAUUCUUGUAGUUGGUGCAGUCGUCAAUUUUGACGCCCUCUCGCAAGCGGCAGCGGCUGGCCAUCCCCAUCUAUAUAAGCCACUCCAGAGAAACAGACAGAGACAGAGCGAUGGCGAUUGGAACAUUGGAGGUGAAGUUGGUCAACGCCAAAGGGCUUAAAGGCACAGAUUUUCUGGGUCGAAUUGACCCUUACGUUUUGAUUCAGUACAAGGGCCAAGAACGCAAGAGCCGCGUUGCCAGAGAUGAAGGAGCAAGUCCAGUGUGGAAUGAGAAAUUUACAUUCCGAGUAGAGUAUCCCGGAAAUGGCGACGAGUUCAAGCUGGUCCUCAAAAUCAUGGACCAUGACACCUUCUCUUCUGAUGAUUUUAUUGGCCAAGCCUCGAUAUAUGUGGAAGAUUUAUUAGCUGUGGGAGUCGAAAAUGGCGAAUCGGAGCUACGGGCACAAAAGUACAGCGUUGUCGGUGCUGAUCUGAACUACUGUGGAGAAAUUCAAGUGGCAGUGAGCUUCACCCAGAAGGUGGAUGAAUAUGAUGGAGAAGAAUUGGGAGGAUGGAACCAAAGCCAAUACUAGGUGGCAAAGUUUUUUCCAUGAAAGUGUGCCCCAUUUGUGUGCUUGUAAAUCUUCAUAUUUGUAAUGUGUAAUUGCUCAGAGAAGAAAGAUAGAACCUACACAAUUGGUCUUGUAGUUACAGUGCUGGUUUUCUGGGAAAGGUUAAAUUUGUGUUGAAACCAACUUGAAUUUCCUUCCUGUUGAAGAUUUGUUGGGCAUCUCGAUUGCUUUGUUCAGAUAAUAAGACCAUCCUGCUAUUUGAUCGUUUCAA